AUACAUGAAGUCGAAAAGACUGAGAGAAACCAAUUAGUCGUAGGCAAGCUCAUGAACACAACCUAUGCCCUUCGUCGGCAAGAAAUCGUCGGAGCUCUUGUAGCUCCACGGGUGAGAGAUGUCGUGGACAGAUGGCCAGCCCUACUUAUGGAGUCACAGGUGUUGGCAGAGUUCCACCGGAUCAACAACGUUAACCUGCGCAAUCAAUUCUACAAGGAGCUGGAUAGACACACACCUAAACUCAUCACCUUGUUCAGAGAGAAGGCUAUCAGGACUGGCAAGAUAGCGGAAGAACUUGGCAAGCUCAUGAGGAUUUAUGACCUUGAGGAACAACGUGAUGUAAAUAUGAGACCGGCCCUUGUCCUUCGUGCACUUCCUGUGUACUUGCGUGAAGAUGCCUCCCAGUUCUUCAGGACCUGUAAUUCAGCAGAUGGCCCAGACCUCACAGACACUCCGGUGGCUCUCCUGACAGUCGCUUUUCAUGACACCACUGAUGCGGCCCUCUUCAGCCCUGAGAGCAUCUCUGUUGUCAUGGAGGAUGAAAUACUUGUGAGUGGUCCCACAAAUCUGGUUGACUCAUUUCUCCUGCUUUUUUGGGACAUCUAUGCACUAGACCUACAGUACCCAAAGAAUCUUGAGCUUACAUUCACAUUUAUCCAGAAAGUUGUGAUGUGUCUUGAUGACAACAAACCACUGAAAGGGCGUCUACUGACGCAGAAGAAUGAUUUGUUCAAUGAGUGAAUCACUUAGAAUGGUUUUUUGUUGAGCUGAGUAUUGAGGAAGUUUUUUGUUUUUUUCCACUCUUUACAAAUGUAAUCAUUUGCCUCUUCUACCUCAGAUUUAAGAUGUGACACUGUUUGCCUCUUCUACCUCAGAUUUCUACUCGUUACAAAGCCUAAAUAACGAUACUGAAUGUGGCACUGUUUGCCUUUUCUAACUCAGAUUUAAUACAUUGAUUGUAUUGUAAUAUAUUGAUUGUUAAUACAUAAAUAUCACAACAUUGCCUAGCCCACGUUUAUGCACUGACUAACUUGUGGAAAAUGACUGUUCCAUUCAUGCACUAUACAUGUUUAAUGUUCUGUUGCUUGAUGCACUACCUUGAUGACGGAAGGAAGGGAGGAACAAAGGAGAGAAAUGAAGGAGGGAUAGGGAG